UUGGUUGAACAUUGGGCCACACACGAUACCUCCAUCUGAUUUCCAAAUUCUUAAGUUUGGCAUUGAUUUUACCUUCAAAACAUUGUACAGGUUCAUGCUGUCUACAAAGAUAAAGGAAGAACUUAAAUUUCUAAGGGGACAAGCAGAUCGUAUGUUCCGAGAUAUCAUGUUACAAGUGCAAUUGAAGACACUGUUUUCUUUUAUCUCAUAUGCAUCACAUCAAUCCACUCCAGAAGCCCCCAGUGGCCUUUGGUUGCAGUCUGAGAAAGAUGUAUCUGAAACUUCAUCCGGAGGACAAAUUCAUAGAAAUGCAAUUUCCUUCAACUCACAGCAAACAAACCUCAACCAAUCCUUUAACUUGAUUCAUGGCCACUCUUCACAAAUUGCUAGCCAUAGGAGCAAUAAUCAUUGUCAAAAGAAAGGAAUAAUAUCACGCAUUGUUCGGGGAAUCAGAGGAGGCAGAAAAACAGUGGGUGAUGAAAAAUACAUUCAUUUGAUCAUGCCAAAACGGAUGAAUGAUUUAGAUCCAGGCACAAUUAUGUUCUCGUUCAAUGAAAUUCAGAUUGCAUGUCAAGAUUUUCAUCCAAAUAAUAAGCUAGCAGAAUGGGGAUUUGGGUCUGUAUACAAGGGAACUUUAGCAAAUGGUAGGCAGUUGGCCAUAAAGAGACUAUCUGAACAAGGAAAGAGCUUUUUUAUGAAUGAAUGGGGCAUCGUUUCUCGUCUACAACAUCGUAACAUAGUAAAGCUGUUUGGCUUUUGCAUUGAAGGAGAGGAGAUGUUGCUUAUUUAUGAAUAUAUACCUAAAGGAAACCUUCUAGACCUUUGCUUCAAUCCUUUAAAGGUCCAAGUCCUUGAUUGGGGAAGUCAUUUGAAUAUAAUACAAGGUGUAGCACGUGGGCUAGUAUAUCUUCAUGAGGAUUCCGGGAUUUGCAUAGUGCAUCGAGAUAUAAAACCCAAUAAUAUAUUACUCGACGAGAAUUUGAAUGCCAAGAUUGCAGAUUUUGGACUAGGAGUAGUCUUAGAUAAAAAUGGCAUCCAUCAAACUAUACCAGUUGCUGGAACAGAAGGUUAUAUAGCUCCAGAAUUGAAGUCUGAUGGUCGACUGACCGAAAAAGCAGAUGUUUUCAGCUUUGGUGUGUUCAUCUUAGAAAUAAUGUCUGGCAGAAGACAUGUGGAAUAUAAUUCCUCCUUUCCAAGCCUUGUGAAGUGGGCUUGGAAUCUUCAUGAGGAGAAUCGCCAUUUCGAUCUGGUAGACAGCAGAAUAAUUUGUAGUGAAAAUUUUGACUCAAAAAUCGUAAUGAGAGUGAUACUGAUUGCCCUCCAGUGCACUCAAGAGGCGAGGUUGAGGCCUUCCAUGUCAAAGGUAUCCUUCUUGUUGUCGCUGUUUAGUGAAGAAAUUGGCUUGCCUACACUGACAAAACCAGAUUAUCUUUAUAACAGCUAAUUGGCCCUCUAUCUUGAUAUUAUUAUAGUGAAUUUCCUGUCACAAACCAUAAUUUCUUCCUUAGCAUUACUCAGAUUCACGUCUAUAUGUUAGUAAGUUUUUGUACAUCAUCUUAACUCAUUCAACCGUUCCAUUCAGAUUUCCUUUAUAAUUACAUUUACAAGUACAGUGCAUCAAAAGAGCACUGAGCUAUGCUUUGAA